AUGGGAAACCUUUGCUUUCAUUUCUUCUCCAUUUUCUCCAUGCUUUGUCUCAUGGUUUGCCAAUCUUUAUGCCAUUUCAAUUUUACCCUCGAUGGAUUGGCACUUCUUGCUUUCAGAUCUUCUAUUAGAGACCUUUACAAUCACUUGAAGAAUUGGUUCAACUCAUCAUCUUCCUACUGCAAGUGGUUUAGAGUCACAUGUGAUUCUAACAAUGAGAGAGUAAGAAUCCUAAGUCUUCCUGAGAUGGGUCUUAAGGGCACCUUACCCUCACAAAUUGGAAAUCUAUCCUUCUUAGAAAAACUUGAACUACAAAGCAACAACUUUCAUGGUGGGCUUCCAAAAGAUUUUGGAGGUCUCAUUCCUCUAAGCAUAUGGAAUUUGUCUAAGUUGGAGACCUUGAAUUUGAAGUCUAAUUCUAUCAAUGGAUCUAUUCCGGUGGAUAUUGGAAGACUUCAACACUUGAAAUUUUUAAGCAUUUCUCGAAACAUGCUUUUAGGAAGUAUACCUCCAAUUAUCUCUAACUUAUCAUCACUUGAGCACAUCUCUUUGUCUGUCAACUUCUUAGAAGGCAAUAACCUCCAAGGAAAUAUUCCCAAUGAAAUUAUAAGUCUUGCAAAUCUGAAGAUGAUGAGCCUAAGGGUUAAUCAGCUAUCUGGCCCCAUACCAAGAGGCAUUGGAAACUUGACUGUGCUUCAACAGUUGUAUCUUGAUACCAAUAAUUUAGAAGAAAAUGGACUUGUUGGAAUUGUUUCAACAAAAGUUGAUGUGUAUAGUUAUGGAAUAAUACUAAUGGAAGUGUUCACAAGGAAAAAGCCAACAAAAGUCUUCUUGUCAACCUUCGGUGUCAGCCAAACGCCGAAACUUAACCUUGGCAUCCACUGCCAUCCCGACGGCGACACCUGCACCGUCUUUGGCUCCGAGCUUAAUGCCAGCCAAAGUCAAUGGUUGCUCAAUAUCUUCGGGACCACUUCCCCAAGGGAAAGUUCUGACUCAAGGCCCUUGGGCAACAUUGUUUUGGAUGGCGUCAACUUCGACAUUAAGACUAGCAAUGGGAAGCACUGGGACAAGCUGGCUAGAGCUUUGAAGAAUUUUGACCAGCAACUGAUUCUCUCGGUGGCACCGCAAUUUCUACAACAACGCUCCGUGUCACUACAAUGGAGAGACACUAACAAUCUUUUGACCACUUGGAACCAAUGGACCGCCGUGCAGGCCGAUCAGGUGUUCUUGGGGGUUCCAACAUUGGUGGGUGUGGUGGCAAACGGUGGGUUUCUUCCAACGGACGUGAUGAUUUCUCAGGUUCUUCCAGCAUUCAAUCAGUCUUCCAAGUACGGUAGAGUUAUGAUCUAG